GACGCUGAAUUUGGUUUUGGAUUUCUGUCAAUGGAAACCGUACACCUCGAUCAAUCAGCUUUGAAAGCGGUGGAUGACUACUGGGAGUACAAACGGUUUGUACCAACACUGAUCAACGUGAUUGUGGGUGAUGAUGACGGUGGGAAAUUGUUCACUCCAGAGCAAUAUGAGGAAUACAAGAGGAGGGUUCUCCCUCAACGAGUUAAAAACAGGCUGUAUGUGAGCUUUGGCGUACCAGGGGGCAUUGACUGUAAACUGAUUGGCCCUGAGACACAGUGUUUUUGCUCUCAUAGGUACAAGGAGCAUAAGACUGAAUGGGAGUUGGUUCCCACUGAGAGACCCUUGCUCCUUCCUUGCGAGGUCAGAGGGUGUCACUGUUCAGCCUUCCACUAUGUUCCUCGACUUGGACCGAACCCCGUGCGCUGCAUUUGCAAGCAUUUGCCUCAGGAUCACAGGGAAGUCAUGAGCCACUUGUGCAAGUUGUGCGACUCCUGCCCCGGGUUCCAGAGUCCCUACACCUGUGGCUGUGGCCAGCCCUGCUCUGCCCACCAGACUCUGGUUGAGACAAGACAGGAAAGAGAGGCACGUGGUCGUCCAGUUGGCAGAGAUGUCCCUUAUGCUGCCAUGGGAGGACUGACAGGGUUCAGCUCUUUGAUGGAUGGUUACCUCGCGUUGGAAGCCAGUUGCUCUGAUGACGACAGAGGCAGUCGCCGCCCGCAGAGUCUCUCAGCAUCCAGGACCAGCCAAACGUCCAAUAAAACACCCAGCUCCGUUCCCUUUAAGACAGAGCCCGACAAACACUAA